AUGCGGGCCCGGCUGUUGCGCGCCUGGGCCGGGAGCCCGCCAUGGCGGAUCCUGUUCUUCGGCACCGACCGCUUCGCCGUCACCGCCCUGCGAGCGCUGCGGGCCGCCGGGGAGCCCAGCGAGGACCCGCUCGUGUCCCGGCUGGAGGUGGUGACCCUGCCGUCCCGCCUGCCCCGGGACCUGCCCGUGAGGAGCUGUGCCCGGGAGCUCCAGCUGCCCCUGCACGAGUGGCCGCACACGGGGCCCGCGGGGCAGUUCGAUGUGGGCGUGGUGGCAUCGUUCGGGCGCCUCCUGAGCGAGGACCUGAUUCUGCAGUUCCCAUAUGGUGUACUGAACGUCCAUCCCAGCUGUCUCCCACGAUGGCGUGGUCCUGCACCCAUAGUCCACACGGUGCUCCAUGGUGAUAAGGUGACUGGGGUGACAAUUAUGGAAAUAAGACCAAAAAGGUUUGAUGUAGGUCCAAUUAUUAAGCAGGAAGAGGUGGCUGUUCCUCCCCGCUGUACAGCACAGGAGCUGGAGGGGAUGUUGGCAAAGCUGGGUGCAGACAUGCUGUUGGCAGUUUUGAAAAACUUGCCUGAAAGCUUAAAAAACAAGAAGGAGCAGCCAAAAGAAGGAGUAACAUUUGCUCCUAAAAUCUCUAUAGCAAAGAGUUGUAUAAAAUGGGAGGAGCAAACAGCUACACAAAUAAUUCAACUGCAUCGUGCAAUAGGAAGUAUGUUUCCUUUGCAGACACUCUGGAAGGACACUACUGUUAAACUUCUGGAUUUUGUGGAAGUGGAUGAUAUCCCUGGUUUUGCUGAUCAAACAGUAAAUGACUGUGAAGCUGUUCCUGGUUCACUGCUGUUCCAUAAAGUGUCCCAAACACUGAUAGUUCGAUGCAAGGAAGGCUGGGUUGGAAUCAAAACAGUCAUAUUAAAGAAGAAGCUUACAGCAGUUGACUUCUACAACGGAUAUAUGCACUCCUGGUUCCAAGAGAAUCCACAGACAGUUCAUCAGGAGUGCAGAUUUCGAACACUCAAACUUAGCACGGCAAAAAAGACUCUGAGAGAGAGGGGAAUAUUGCCACAGGAUAUAAAACAAUAGAUGUGUUUUAAAAUGUCUGUAAGUUAAUAGAAAUAUAAAAUAUUUCGAAGCCCACCUAUAACUCUCAGCUUAAUUCAGGGGUUUCUUCCCAGAGUGUUUGAUACCACUGUCAUCUGCAUAUUUACAUCGUGGCUUCCUGAUGAUACUCCUCUUUCCCCGUGAAGGAAGAGAGUCUCUGAAUGCUGAAGAUGGUGAAUAAAAUCCCCGUUCCCACUGUUAAGAAAUAAAUUUAUUUUUAUACAAAGUUU